AUGGUCUUUGUGGUAGCACUGGCCGUGAAACUCACCAAGACUUUGUUUGCUAUGGGGGGUGGAUGGUUUUCCCGCACCUUUUUGCAGCAUCUUGGAGAUCCACUGAAGAAGACGGUGACGAUGAAGAAAUGGUGUGACCAGUCGUGGCAACUCAUUAUUCACGUAUCCAUGACGAUCUUUGAGCUACAUGUGCUACGUGAUGAGACGUGGUGGCAAGACACAACGACACUGUGGAACCAGGGAACCGAUACGGGCGUAUUCCCGACGCAUAAGUUCAGUACCAAGCUGCUUUACAUCACGCAAUUGGCCAUUUGGAUCUUUACCGCAUUUUCCUGCAAAUUUUUGGAAGAGAUUCGCAAGGACUAUCUGGUCAUGAUGACCCACCACGUUGUCACAAUUGCACUGGUCACUUGGUCAUACGUAGUGGGCUUUUUGCCCGUGGGUGUGAUUGUGUUGCUUCUUCAUGAUAUGACUGACGUCCCUCUCGACAUGCUGAAGAUGGCCAACUACCUCAAAAUGGAAGGCGUCCCUGGUCUGUUCACAAGUGAGAUCCUGUUUGUUACUACGAUCGUGUUGUGGUUCUAUUAUCGUGUCUACCAGUACCCGACCAAGCUGCUCUACGCAACCAUUGUGGAAACUCGCGAGGCUACCAUGACAAUGGCUGAUGCACAUGAUUUCACGCAGCUCUUUCCACACCCAGGACCGCCAUCGUGGCUGCUUUUCAACCUCCUACUCACGACGCUAUACUGUUUGCAUAUUUGGUGGGGUAUCCUGCUGGUGCGCGUACUCGUUGGCGUAGUGGCUAAGGGUAUCCAUGAUGCGGCCAAGGAGGAGUAUGAAGGCACGUCGUCGGACUCGGACAACGAUGGCAAGGAUGACUAA